AUGGAUGUAGAUCAAAGGGUAAAAGAUAUGGAACGAGAGUAUCUCGAUUUUCUAGACGAUGCUGAAGAUCAGGGAAUUUAUUCAAAUUUAGUCAAAAACAUGAUCGAAGAAAAUAAAUACCGACUUUUUGUCAAUAUCAAUGACUUGAGACGGAAAAAUCCUCAACGAGCUAUUAACUUGCUUGAAAAUUCCUUCGAAGAACAGAUGGCUUUUCAAAAUGCAUUGAAACAAUUUGUUUCUACCCUUGACACUGAUUACGCUAAAGGAAAUGUUGAUUUUUUUAUUGGGUUUGAAGGAAGUUUUGGUAACCGUCAUGUUACCCCAAGAACACUGACCUCUAGAUUCUUAUCCAACCUCGUCUGUGUUGAAGGAAUCGUCACUAAAUGUUCAUUGGUAAGACCAAAAAUAGUUAGGAGCGUACACUACUGUAGUACUACAAAAAGUGUUAUGGAACGAGCUUAUACGGAUUUAACGUCUUACGAUGCUUUUCCUGGAUCAGCAGUUUAUCCCACCGCGGACGCUGAUGGCAAUCCAUUGGAAACAGAGUUUGGGUUGUCGACGUACAAAGACCACCAAACUCUUUCAAUUCAAGAGAUGCCUGAAAAAGCACCCGCUGGACAAUUACCACGAAGUGUCGAUAUUGUUUGUGAUAACGACUUGGUUGAUUUAUGCAAGCCAGGAGACCGAUUGAGCAAAGACGCCACCUUGACGAUAUCCCACGACGAUGUAGCGCUGUGUAAAAAAUUAGCGAAGCACAAUCCACGGAAAGAUAUCUUCGAAUUACUCAGCAGAUCAUUAGCUCCCUCAAUUCACGGUCACGCGUACAUAAAAAAAGCAAUUCUGUGCUUGCUUCUCGGGGGUAUUGAAAAGAUUCUUCCAAACGGAACGAGGCUCAGAGGAGAUAUAAAUAUUCUGCUAAUUGGAGAUCCUUCAGUAGCUAAAUCUCAAUUGCUGCGAUACGUUCUCUGUACAGCACCGCGAGCUAUUCCAACAACAGGUCGUGGAUCAUCAGGUGUCGGUUUGACAGCUGCAGUUACUUCUGACCAAGAAACAGGCGAAAGAAGACUUGAAGCUGGUGCCAUGGUGCUCGCUGAUCGAGGAGUCAUUUGUAUCGACGAAUUUGACAAAAUGUCUGACAUUGACAGAACUGCUAUCCACGAAGUCAUGGAGCAGGGAAGAGUCACCAUUGCUAAAGCUGGUAUUCACGCGAGUUUGAACGCUCGUUGCUCCGUUUUGGCCGCUGCUAACCCGGUGUACGGUCGUUACGAUCAGUACAAAACACCCAUGGAGAAUAUUGGACUUCAGGAUUCCUUGUUAUCACGUUUUGAUUUGCUGUUUGUUAUUUUGGAUCUCGUUGACCCCGAGCAGGAUCGUAUUAUCAGUGACCAUGUUGUCAGAAUGCACAGAUAUCGCAACGCGAAUGAACAAGACGGUGAAGCUUUGCCGCUCAACAGUAACCUUGAUAUUCUGAGUACAAAAAAUCCAGACGCUGUUGAAGUGGAAGAUGAGAACGAGAGCCCGAUCUACGAAAAAUAUGACCCGCUGUUACACGGAAAAUCACGGUCUAAAACAGAUCAAAUACUCAGUAUUAAAUUUAUGCGAAAGUAUAUUCACAUUGCCAAGUGCAUGAAGCCAAAGUUGACCGAGGAAGCCAGUAAAACGAUUGCCGAUGAGUACUCACGUCUCAGAUCAGAGGACAUGGUAGAGUCUGAUGUUGCAAGGACCCAACCGAUAACUGCGCGUACUCUUGAAACGUUGAUUCGUUUGUCGACGGCCCAUGCUAAAGCGCGUCUAUCCAAAACUGUCACUGUAGACGAUGCAAAUGCUGCUAUUGAGCUUGUCCAGUUUGCGUAUUUCAAACGAGUGCUUGAAAAAGAAAAGAAGAAGCGCAGGAGACGAGAAAGUGAGAUGAGCACUGACGGUGAAACUGAAGAACCUAGGAAGACCAAGCGCAGCAGAAAAAAUCGCGACGCGGCUGGUGAAGAUGGUCAUGAUCCCUACGAAUAUGACAGCGAUGAUGAUUCCCAUGUUGACGAGGCUGUGAGAAAAGUAACGCGCUCUCAAACUGCUACCCGGGAAACUCCGAUUGCAGAAGAAGAUGAAGCAGAUGUCGCUAUGGCUGAAGAGGAAACACCCGCAGAUAUUACUGAUAGCAGAUUACAAACAUUCCAGAGCUUGCUGCAUAAAUUGUUCCAACAACAACGUUCGCAAGCUCUUCCUCUGGAAAAAGUCAAAGAGUUUGUUAAUAAAAACCACAGCCCCGAAUUCACUGGCGGAGAAAUAAAAGCUGCUUUGAACAAGAUGACUGAAAAUAAUCAAAUUAUGCUUGCAGAUGAUCAAGUCUUUCUUAUUUAA